UGCAAAUCAACCACAGCUAACACUUUAAGCUUAAGCUAAAUCACAAUGAGCACAGAAUCAGCUAGAAUAUUCAACUUUUCUCCAUCGACCAUAAUCAAACACUCCUCUAUUCUAUGUCCAAACCAUCAUCAUCCUCCGGUUUACAGCUUCAAACUGAGGCAAAAGCAGCAGCAAUGGAAGAAUGGGUGUGUGGCUUUGGGGUCGGAUAAUAAGGGUGAGAUUGAUGUGAUGAAGGUUGAAGAGGAAGAAUGGCUGAAAAUAGGAAGGUUAAGAGACAAGUGCAAGGAGAGAAAAGGAAUGGAGGAGCUGUUAGAAUGCCUAGAAACAGAAGCAAUAAUGGGAGAUGAUGAAGGAAAAGAACCAACUGAUUAUAACCGAAGAGCUCAGAUCUUCGAUAAGAGUUCUAGAGUUUUUCAGGCUCUUAAGGAUCAUCAAUCUUGAAAUUGACACUGUUUGUUACAUAGAUAUUUGCUUCAGUUUCUAAUAAUAGAUAUCAUUCCUGUGUUUUUAUCAUACAUGUUUGUACAUGGGAGCAGUUCAAUAAAUUUCCCAUUAUCAUUUUACAAUUAUAUGUAAAUUCUUCUUAAUUUCAAUCCUUCCUUCAAUAAUAAUUCUAUUAUUUA